UAAAUAAAUUACAAAUUAAUAAUUAUGCCAGACUGUGUUUAGUUUUGUCUAUUAUUGUGUAAUUGUUUACAGCGAAACUUUAUAAAGAAUCUUACGAAAAUGAUUGACAAAAACAACAGAACCUUGUGGUGCGGUAAUCUUCCAGAACAAAUAACAGAAGAAUUGCUUUACGAAUUGUUCUUGCAGGCUGGUCCAUUGGAGAAAGUGAGGAUAGCUAAGGACCGCGAUGGCCGUCAACGCAAUUUCGCUUUUAUAACCUUCUGUCACGAAGUAUCGGUGCCAUAUGCGAUAUUACUCUUCCGCGGGACAACUUUGUUUAACAGAACUAUUUCUCUACAAUGCCGGAGUCGCAUGGCAAUAUUACCGCCUCCUUUAAGAUGUUAUGGGCCAGAAUUUCAAAAUCACCCUCCUGAGACAUAUUUGGUUGAACCACCACCUAAUAUCGCACAGCAGUUUGCGCACAUGACAAAUAAUUUGAUGGAGGAAGAGGUCAAUUUUGUACAUAGUCCUAAUAAUUUCAAUGACUUGUCAAUAGCCAGUCUUCAAGGCAAUUGGUCUCAUAGACAUCAUCCUUACCCAACCCAGGAAUAUUACUCUCGAGAUAACUUUAGACCUAGGGAAUCUGAACAUUAUAAUAGGAGCAAGCACAGUAAUAAUUGGAGAGACAGGAAGUCUAAAAGAAAUGGAAAUCAUAGGAGAGAUUGAGUGCAUUCCUUUAAAAAUAAAUAUACACAUACAGGGCGUAAAGAGACCAAGCUGGGAAACAAAGCAAGAAUAAAUCACUGUCUAAAUAAAAAUUUAGAUAAGCAGAAAUGUGCCUGUUUUGAGAUUGUUCAUAUUUUUGAACCACAAAUAUGAUGCAUUUAGCGUCAUCAUAAUAGAACUAAUUUUACUAUGUCUCAUCUUAUUUUUUUGUGAAAGUUUACAUCCUGUAUAAAACUUCAUAUGUAACAGGAAAGGUUAAUAGUCCCUAUAACUUAAUUAUAGGAUGCUUUCAUUUACUGAAAAAUUAUGCAAUAUUAUUUGUAAUGUAAAUAAGAAAUUCACAACUGUCUUUAGAACUAAAUUCUAUAGAGUAUUUUAUUGUAUAACUAAAUUGUUUAGGUAAUAAUUGCAUAUUGAAGUGCAUAAAUUAAUGUGUUCUUAACUCGAAAAUACCUUAUUGUGCCAUUGAUACAGCACAAAUGCAAUUAUAUAUACGGAAUAAGAAAAUUAUAAAGAUCGACAGGUGCUAGGAAUAACAUUGUAACUCAUACUUCGCUAAAACUGAGUUACUAUGUUAUUCCUUGCACACAUUGACAUAAUUAGAAAAGACCUUUUAAAUAUAGUUUUAUUAGAAAAAUAAAAGUUUAAAUAACAUAUUUAGUUCAAAUAUGAGAAUCAUAGAUGUUCAUUCAAAAUUAACUCUGCAUGUUCUAAGAAAUGUUUGAAACCUUCCUGAAAAAAUCAAAACAAUGUAAUACAAACAAGUAUAUUUCAUUGGAAAAAAUCUGUAUAUGCAACUAAAAUUAUGUUGUUGUAAUAGGAUCCUAAACAAAGAAAAGAGAUGAUUAAAAUAAAUUGAUAAAUUUUGCAUAAUAUUUGAAUUCAAUAGCUGAAAAACUGCAAAAAAAUUUUGCUGGAAGCAACUAUGGUAAUUCAAUAAAAGAAGUCUUUAAAUGAAGUUCUAUUGCAUGAGCAUGAAAAUAAAGUUUUUAAUAAAUC